AUGUCAAACCCUCAAAUAGCUUCAUUCCCACAAUUUCCUCACCACAUAGCUGUCAUCAGUCUUUUCAAAGGUGCCUCGCGAGAAACCAUCCAAACUAUAAAAGAACAACUAAUACAGGCCAAUCCUAAAUAUGAUUAUUGUUUCUUGAACACCAAAUACAUCAUCUCUAUGGAGCAACUACAAAACUCAAUCCAUAAAUCGGUGCUCAAUCAAGUAAAUAAGUCGAUGCAAGCCAAGACUUUAAGCACGGAAAUCUUGUUGAAUUUAUCACCAGUCAAUGUCAUAUCUGAUGCAAUCAAACGAUUUGGUAUACUGGAUGAUUGUCCUAAUACGAUUGUGGUUAAGGUUGUGCUGCCUGAUGAUGACGUUGACAUAAUUGCAAAAGACAUUGCUGAUAUUGUAGAUGGAGAUAAUGUACCAAUAACUGAUGAGGUCUUGUUGGAAAUGGUUGAUUUGUCAAAGUUUAAGAAAGUUUACAAGUUGAAUGAUGCGGUAAAUGCUCCUGAUGAUAAUGUUCAAGGCCAAUUAACCAGAUUGGCCAUUGGAGCAUGUCUUUUACGAGGCUACUAA